GUUGCAAAUGCCGAAGAGGCAGGAGCAGUUGGUGCCCUGAUGUACCUGGACCCCUUUGAUUACAAGAACACAGAUACGCUUGUCCCCUUCGGACAUGCCCACCUUGGAACUGGAGACCCUUUCACCCCAGGCUUCCCUUCUUUCAACCACACCCAGUUCCCACCAGUGCAGUCUUCUGGAUUACCUCGCAUUCCUGUUCAGACUAUCUCUAGCCGAGCAGUAGCCAACCUGUUCAGGAGAAUGGGUGGAGAUGAAUGCCCUCAGGAGUGGAAAAGAGGGAUCUUAGGAUGUAGGAUGAUGCCCAGAAGCACAAGUAACAUGACAGUUAAACUGACCGUGAACAACGUCAUGGUAGACAAGAAGAUUCUGAACAUCUUUGGGGCUAUUAAAGGAUUUGAAGAACCAGAUCGCUAUGUUGUGAUCGGAGCCCAGAGAGACUCCUGGGGCCAAGGAGCGGCCAAGGCUGGUGUUGGAACUGCCAUAUUGUUGGAACUUGCCUAUGUGAUCUCGGACAUCGUGAAAAAUGGUGGCUACAAACCAAGGCGCAGCAUCAUCUUCGCUAGCUGGAGUGCGGGAGACUAUGGAGCUGUGGGUGCUACUGAAUGGCUGGAGGGGUACUCUGCCACACUGCAUGCCAAAGCCUUCACUUACAUCAAUUUGGAUGCUGCAGUCCUAGGUUCUAACUACAUGAAGAUUUCAGCUAGCCCAUUGCUGUACACAUUACUGGAGAGAACUAUGAAGGGGGUGAAGGACCCAACAAAAGAUUCAGGAACCCUAUAUGACAGAGUUGGCUCUGACUGGAUAAAGACAGUUGUUCCUCCUGGUCUGGAUAAUGCAGUGUUUCCUUUCCUGGCCUACUCGGGAAUCCCAGUGGUUUCCUUUGGUUUCUGCAAUAAAGAUGAGGAAUAUCCCUUGGGCACUACCCAGGACACUGUGACAAAUCUGAAGACAAUUGGCAGGUUGUAUGAUCUUAUGCGUGCUGCUGCAGAAGUUGCUGGACAAGUAGCUCUGAGGCUGACCCAUGAUCACGAGCUCUUCCUGGACUUUGAGAGAUACAGUGAAGAAUUGCUGGCGUUCCAGGAGAAGGUUUUGCCCUACUAUAAGGAUGUGAAGGCAUUGGGGCUGACCUUGAACUGGCUGUUUUUUGCCCGUGGUGACUUCCAGCGAGCUACAGAUGCGCUGAGGAGAGACAUCGCAAACAGUGACAGGGAAAACAAGGUUGUCCGCAGAGCCCUGAAUGACAGAAUCAUGAAGGUGGAGUAUGACUUCCUCUCCCCAUACCUCUCGCCCAAAGACACUCCCUUUCGCCACAUCUUCUUUGGCAAAAGCUCCUACACCCUGCAGAGUCUGCUGCAGAGCCUACAGCUGCUGCAAAACAGCAGGGACAGCGUGGAUGUGAACAAGCUGAAAGAACAGCUGGCCCUGGUGACCUGGACCAUUAAAGGGGCUGCCAAUGGCUUAGCGGGUGAUAUCUGGGAUACAGACAACGAAUUCUAG